CCUGACCAUUGGGCAUUCAUCUUGGGUCAGGUGGAAAAGAAUGGGUGAUUGGUUUACGAGCCGACAUUCUCUGUCCUGAUUGGACGGAAAGGUGUGCGCGAGGAGACGGUGAGAGGAGAGAGAGAGAGAGCGGAUCUCCAGCAGAAGUGUAUCCCCUUCAGCACUCGCUGGCUGUGCCGGCUCAGCACACACUCACACAGACUGAAGACUGCGAUGUGACUGCUUACCAGAGGAAUACAGCGUGUUCCAGUGGGGAUUUUUUCUCUCUUCUCUGUCAGCAGGAUAAUGGGAGAGGACGGACAGGGAGUCAGACUGGCCAUGCCGGCCACUUGGGCUGUUCUGGUUCUCUUCACGGUUACUUCAGUGCAUGCAGUGGAAGAGACGGUGAUGGAUACAAGGACGGCGACAGCUGAGCUUGGCUGGAUAUCGUUCCCUGCCAAUGGAUGGGAGGAGGUGAGCGGUUAUGAUGAGAACCUGAACACCAUCAGGACGUACCAGGUGUGUAACGUGUUUGAGCCCAGCCAGAACAACUGGCUCCUCACCACUUACAUCGACCGGCGCGCGGCGCAACGCAUCUACGUGGAGAUCCGCUUCACUGUGCGCGACUGCGCCUCCAUACCGAGUGUCCUGGGCUCCUGCAAAGAGACGUUCAACCUCUACUACCUAGAGACCGACAGGACCGUUUCAGACGGCAUCAAAGGGGUGGAGUACUGGGCCAACGCUCCCUUCCUAAAGGUGGACACCAUUGCAGCAGAUGAGAGUUUCUCCCAGGUCGAUUUCGGGGGCAGGCUGAUGAAAGUGAACACAGAAGUGAGGAGUUUUGGGCCUCUGUCCAAAGGCAGAGGUUUCCAUUUGGCUUUCCAGGACUUAGGUGCUUGCAUGUCGCUUCUGGCCGUCAGGGUAUUUUACAAGAAAUGCCCCAGCAUCGUGCAGAACUUUGCUUUCUUCCCAGAGACGCUGACCGGAGCAGAGUCCACCUCAUUAGUCAUCGCCAGAGGAAGCUGCAUCCCCAACGCCGAGGAAGUAGACGUGCCCAUAAAGCUCUACUGUAACGGAGACGGAGAGUGGAUGGUACCCAUAGGCAGCUGCAGCUGCAAGGCGGGUUAUGAACCUGACAAUGGCAAUGUGUGCCGAGCUUGUCCUCAGGGCACCUUUAAGUCAUUCCAGGGGCCAGGACUGUGUCAGCAAUGUCCACCCAAUAGUCGCUCCACUAUCGAAGCUGCCACCCUCUGUGGUUGUCGGAAUGGCUAUUACCGAGGAGACAUGGACAAACCGGAGGACCUGUGUACCAGUGUCCCUUCAGCUCCUCGCAAUGUGGUCUCAGUGGUCAACCAGACAUCAGUGAUGUUGGAGUGGCACCCACCACGUGACACUGGACACCGCGACGACUUGUCGUAUAAUUUGUUGUGUCGCCGAUGCCACAGCAAUGAGCGGCGGGCUUGUCAGCCAUGUGAUGACAGCGUGGUGUUUGUUCCAGGCAAACAGGCGUUAAAGGAAACAAGGGUUGAGAUCAGCAAGCUGCGGGCCCACACGUCGUACACCUUUGACAUACAGGCAGUCAACGGAGUCUCCAACAAGAGCCCUUACCCCGCCCAACAACUGUCAAUCAACAUUACAACCAAUCAAGCUGCUCCCUCAGUAGUUCCCAUAAUGCACCAAGUGAGCUCAACAAGUCGCAGUUUCUCGUUGUCAUGGCCACCGCCCGAACAGCCCAAUGGAAUCAUCCUCGACUACGAGAUACGAUACUAUGACAAGUUGCAGUCAUCCGUGCUGAACAGUUCGAUGGUCCUAAGCGAAACACCUAAUGUGGUUCUGGAGGGUCUGAGACCCGGGACCGGCUAUGUGGUCCAGGUGAGGGCCCGCACUGUAGCGGGCUACGGAGCCUACAGCAAAGAGAUGCUCUUCCAAACCCUCACCGACGAUGAAUAUAAGUCAGAGCUCGGACAGCAGCUCUCUCUGAUUGCUGGCUCCUUAGUAGGUGGAGUGUGUAUUGUAUCACUAGUAGCUAUCGCCAUCAUCUGUACCAGGAGAAGGCAGCUGAAGGAGAGCGUAUAUGGUGACAAGCUGCAGCAGUACAACACAGGAGGAGAGGUGACUCUGAGGCCAGACAUGUUCAGUGGACCCACACCCACUGUGACCUUUCCCAGCCUAUCUGAGGGUCACAGUUCACCGGGGGUCAAGAUCUACAUUGACCCUUUCACCUACGAGGACCCCAAUGAGGCUGUCCGAGAGUUUGCCAAGGAAAUCGAUCCCUCCUGUGUCAAAAUAGAGGAAGUCAUCGGAUCAGGCGAGUUCGGUGAGGUGUACAAAGGUCGCCUGAAACCUGUGGGGAAAAAAGAAAUCCCUGUGGCCAUCAAGACCCUGAAGGUGGGCUACUCUGAGAGGCAGAGGAGGGACUUCCUGUCAGAGGCCUCAAUCAUGGGCCAGUUUGACCAACCGAAUAUCAUCAGACUGGAGGGCGUGGUCACCAAGAGCAGGCCUACGAUGAUAAUCACAGAGUUCAUGGAGAAUGGAGCACUGGACUCAUUUCUCAGGCAAAAUGAUGGGCAGUUCCCAGUGAUCCAGCUGGUUGGUAUGCUGAGGGGCAUCGCAUCUGGAAUGAGGUACCUGGCGGAGAUGAGUUAUGUUCACCGGGACCUGGCAGCUCGAAAUAUCUUGGUUAACAGUAACCUCGUGUGUAAGGUGUCUGACUUCGGCUUAUCACGUUAUCUGGAGGAGGACACCUCCGACCCCACCUACACCAGCUCGCUGGGAGGUAAAAUCCCCGUGAGGUGGACGGCACCAGAGGCGAUCGCCUACAGGAAAUUCACGUCAGCUUCAGAUGUCUGGAGUUACGGGAUCGUCACCUGGGAGGUGAUGUCAUAUGGAGAGAGACCUUACUGGGACAUGAGCAACCAAGAUGUGAUAAAUGCCAUAGAGCAGGACUUCAGGCUUCCAGCUCCCAUGGACUGUCCGGUAGUGCUGCACCAACUGAUGCUGGACUGCUGGCAGAAAGACAGAAACGCCCGGCCAAAGUUCCCCGAUAUUGUCAGCAUGUUGGACAAAAUGAUACGCAACCCUGCAUCUCUCAAAGCCGGCACCAACAACAUGGUCCCUGGUCCUUCCCAUCAUCCCUUGUUAGACCGUGGAGCUCCAGACCUAAGCAGGGUGAGCUCAGUAGAAGACUGGCUGACUGCAUUGAAGAUGACCCAGUAUAGAGACUCCUUUCUGGGCUCGGGCUUCACCUCUUUGCCGCUCAUCACACAAAUCACAGCUGAAGAUCUGCAGAGGAUUGGAGUGUCUCUAGCCGGACACCAGAAGAAGAUCCUGACCAGCGUGCAGCUGAUGAGGCACCAAGCCGAUGAUCAGUCUCCUACCGAAUCCGUGUAGCCACACGGGGGAAAUACUCGACCUGGGUGCAGU